ACAGGGCUAAUGACUCUAGCUCGAGUACAUGCCCAGAACUUGUGGUUCACGCACCCCAUGAUGUCAUGUUAGAAGGACUGCUUUCUGUACGAUGAUCACAGAAAUAUAGAGCUAUAUGUGUCUGUCACAGAGAUGGUCAGUAAUGCUAAAAGGUUAGAAGGAAGUUUCUGUAUAGUAUGGUAGUGAUUGGGAUUGUGUGAUUACACUGUUUGUAUAUGAAGGAGGACAGUAGCUGUUAAUCACAAUUAUCCCAAGCCUGUUAGGUCCAUAGAAUGUAGGAUACAUGGGUCGGUUUUGACAAGAGUUAGUUUUAUGUCAACGCUGUUUCCCCUGGUUUACCAGUGUCGCGUUUGGAUCUUGUAUUAUUUAUGGAAAGCUGCUUUGUUAAGUGUCACCUAUUGCACGUUGUUAAUUUAUAAUCUGCUGGGUCAACAGUCUCCCGCAACGCACUGUCAACAUAGUACAGCUUGUGAUAUUCUGACGCCCCUCGAGUGAAGGGUACAGGAACCGUUCCGGGGGAUUCAACUGUUGGAGCAACAAAAUAAAUCUGAGCCAUGACAUUGAGGAGGAGCAUGUGAGAGCAUCGACUUCUGCAGGUAAAUGUGAAUCUCAAUUUGUCUGCCAAGAUGCCGGCUGUUUCCACGGGGGCAAAAGACCUCUACCUGGCAACGUCACUGGGCGACCUUAACAAGAAAGCAGAGUUCAAGCCGGAGAAAGCCAGCACACGGCACUAUGUCCAGAGUGCCUGCAAGAUGUUUAAAGCGGCAGAGGAGUGCCGACUGGAUCGGGAUGAAGAGAAAGCCUAUGUUUUGUACAUGAGGUACCUAGCAGUGUAUGAUGUAAUCAAAAAGAGACCUGACUUCAGGCAGCAGCAGGAUUAUUAUCUGUCCAUGCUUGGGCCGUCAAGCUUCAAAAAAUCAAUUGAAGAAGCCGAGAAGUUGUCCGAUAGCCUGAAGCUCAGAUAUGAGGAAGCGGAGGUGCGUAAAAAACUAGAGGAGAGGGAGAAACAAGAAGAGAGGAGAAAAAGGGAGGAAAAGCAAGAGAAGGACGUGGGACGAACUGUAUCGAAAGGGCCAGCCGAUUCCACCAAGGACAACACGAAGGUGAAAGCAGAACAGAAUGAGGCAAAACAUGUACCAUCCAAAGCUGCGGUGCCAAUGGGAGGCAUCUCGCCCGAGAAGCUCUAUAGCAUGAUGGUGGACCCAAGUCUCAGUGUCAUUGUCAUGGACGCCCGGAGCCAGCGGGACUUUGAGGAAUCCCGAAUCCAAGUGCCAGCACAGGCCUGUGUCAGCGUUCCAGAGGAGGCCAUCUCGCCAGGGAUAACUGUGAACCAGAUUGAGGUGAAGCUUCCGGAGUCUUCUAAAGAGCUGUGGAAGCGCAGGGGGUUUGUGGACUACAUAGUCCUGCUGGAUUGGUCCAGCUCUGUCACAGACCUGAAGCUGGGGACCACUCUGCAGAGCCUGAAAGAUGCCCUUUACAAGUGGGACAGUACCACCAUCCUGCGUAGUGAGCCCAUGGUAUUGGAGGGCGGCUACGAGAGCUGGCUGCUCUUCUACCCCAUGUACACCACCAACGCCAAGGUGAAGCCGCCCAGGCAGCAGGCCCUCAGCACCAUGCCACAGCUGAACUUCAGCUACCCGUCCCUGGAGGAUCCUAAGCCCCCGGUGGUGGUCGCCCAGCCCCAGCAGCCAGUGCAGGUGAACGGGAGGCCGGCGGAUGAGGCCCCCCCUCUAGAGCCCGCGGCUCCAGAGCCCUCCACUGUGGCGCUCCACCCCGACACUCUGGACGGGCCUGGGCCUGGGCCUGGUCCAGCAGGGUCCACAGAGACCAAGAGAGCCACGCCGUCAGCACAGACUGGCCCAACGGUUAAAUCAACUCCUCAGUUCGAUCGCACUACAAAGCCUUCCGUCAAAGUGUCAGACGGCUCGAGGCCCUCCAGCGCCCCCUCUCAGCAGCCCCAGAAUGGACCGGUGAUGCCGCAGCCAAACCGCUCCGUCAAGCCCACCUUUGGCCCCUCGUCCCAGUUGUCGGAGGAGGAGCUCAGCCAGAUCCACGCAGAGGCCGCCAGCGUCGGAGACAAGGCCCGUCGCGAGAUGGAGCAGCGCAAACGCGCCCAAGAGGAGGUGGAGCAGCAGGAGGAGGAGGAGUGGCGACGGAGGCAGGAGAAGGAGGAGGCGGAGAAGAGGAGACAAGAGGAGGAGGCCGCUGCCGUAAAGGCUGCUGCACUGGUGGCCGCAGCAGAGGAGGAGGAGAGGAGGAAGAGGAGGCAGGAGAGGGGCAAGCUGGAGAGGAAGAGGGCGGAGGAGGAGGAGGACAAGGUUGGGGAGCAGAGGGGUGGAGCGCUGGGGUACCGCGCCCAGAAUGGAGAGCCUCCGCACCCCAACAGCGUCUCGCUGGACUCACACGUACCCAAUAAUGUGGUGAAUGAGAUCAAGCGCGAGCCUCUAACCAGAGCACGCAGUGAGGAGAUGGGACGCACUGUUCCCGGCCUGCCCAUCGGCUGGAUGAAGUUCCUGGACACGGUGACGGGCACGUACCGCUACUACCACUCUCCGACCAAUCGCGUGCACUUGUACCCUCCCGAGGUGAGCGUGCCCCAAACGCCCCCGUCGACGCCCAAACAGCAGCAGAAGCCGGCGGCGCAGCCCAAGGUUCCAGAGGUGGAACGCGAGCGCGAGCAGUCCAAGCUCAAACGCUCCUACUCCUCUCCAGACAUCACCCAGGAGCUGCAUGAAGAGCCACCGAGGAAGCCAGCACCCAUCCCCACCAUUAACAGGGACACCAAGCCUAUAACUGCUAACACGUACGCUAAGGUUGAGAUCGCCAGGCCGUCGGCAGCCAAGAUCCGGAGCCUGAACCCGACGUUCGGAGGGCUGGGGCCAGCCCUGACGGGGUUGAGGAACCUGGGAAACACCUGCUACAUGAACUCCGUACUGCAGUGCCUCUGCAACACGCCCGUCAUGGCCGACUACUUCAACAAGAACGGAUACCAGGAGGACAUCAACCGAGCCAACAUCCUGGGCCACAAAGGAGAGGUGGCGGAGGAGUUUGGCGUGAUCAUGAAGGCUCUGUGGUCGGGCCAGUAUAAGUGCAUCACGCCUCGCGACUUCAAGAACACCAUCGGCAAGAUUAACGAUCAGUUCUCCAGCUACGAGCAGCAGGACUCCCAGGAGCUACUGCUCUUCCUCAUGGACGGCCUCCACGAGGACCUCAACAAGGCGGACAACCGCAAGCGCUACAAGGAGGAGGCUAACGACCACCUGGAUGACGUGCGCGCGGCGGAGCUGGCCUGGAGCAAGCACAAGCUCCUCAACGCCUCCAUCAUAGUCUCGCUGUUCCAGGGCCAGUUCAAGUCCACCGUCCAGUGCCUCACCUGCCACCGCAAGUCACGCACCUUUGAGGCCUUCAUGUACCUCUCCCUGCCCCUGGCAUCCACCAACAAAUGCAGCCUGCAGGAUUGCCUGAAGCUGUUCUCCAAGGAGGAGAAGCUGACGGAUGCAAACAAAGUGUUCUGCAGACACUGCAAGGCCCACCGGGACUCCACUAAGAAGCUGGAGAUAUGGAAGGUGCCGCCCAUCCUCCUCGUCCACCUCAAAAGGUUCUCGUAUGAGGGCCGUUGGAAGCAGAAGCUGCAGACCACAGUGGACUUCCCCCUGGAGUGCCUGGACCUCUCGCAGUACGUCAUCGGCCCCAAGCCCAGCCAGAAGGGAUACAACCUGUUUGGCGUGUCGAACCACUACGGCGGUCUGGACGGUGGCCACUACACGGCGUACUGCAGGAACCACCCCAAGCAGCGCUGGUUCAAGUUCGACGACCACGAGGUGUCCGACCUGUCCCCCAGCUCCAUCAAGUCCUCUGCGGCCUACAUCCUCUUCUACUCCUCCCUGUGAACUGAAGCCAAGACUGGAAUUGAUGCAUAACGCCGACUACCGUACGGCAAGCGAUGACGAGGAAGAAAAAAAGCUACUGUGAAGUGACGGAUGGUUGAUGAUGAAGUUUCAAUGCAUGUGAGCAAAGCUGCUACUUAUGAGGAUGACGAAGAAGGGUCGAGUUGAGUUGGGAGUUGAGAGUCGGGGGUUUGUUGUUUGAAGGCAGGAGAGCCUUCACAUAAGGGGCCCUGUUUGUGCAUUUGGAGUCGGUUGGCCUUUAGAUCUGGAGGGAUUGAAGAUUUAAUCAGAGGGACUGAGGUUUGGGUGGAGAAACCACCAACCAGGUCACCCGAGUUACUUACAGCUCAUCCUGCUAGAGGAGUCACCUGCGUUAGACGUCGAUUAUCGCUUCAUCUCUUUACAACACUGCAACGGUUGUAGGACACUACGGAGGAAGAGGAGAAGGAGAUGAUGAAGAAAGAGAAACAAAAAGGGGAGGAUCUUCUCUCUCUUCUACAGCGGAGGGGCGAUGGUGGCAUUGGUAGUGGUGGUCAAGGACCUGUCUUUCUAGCGCUUUGUAGUCAGCCUGCAGAGUCUGUGCUCUGCGCAGGUCUUUCAACUGACUGACCGUCCAUCCACUCACCACAGCUGAAACCUCCAUGCGGCACCCUUAACUGAACUCUGUUCCUAUGUGUGAUGGCCUUCUUUUUUUGCAUUAACUUACCUUUUAAGCUCCAUGGAGAUAAAAAACAAACAAACAAACGAAAUUAGUAAAGACUUUAAUGUGUACAUACAUAGAGAUUGCUAACCUUCGCACAUGUACAUAUGAUAACCGAGGAAGAGGUGUUUAUUUAUUUAUGAAGUGACCAAAUCUGUUUAAAAAAGAGAACACGUAGCCUGCUAAAGCUUGUUUUGCUUUUCGGCUUUCAAAGCCAAGUCAGAGACCGGUACCAACAAGCGCACUCUCUCUCAUUCUCACACAAGGGCAAUCUGACUGUGAGGCCUGAAUUUAAUUAGAAUUUUUUAGCUACUGGUACUUUUUUUGUUUUCUGAGCCACUGCGAUUUCGUUUGUACCAUUCCAUGACCAUCCAUUUUAAACACUGCCAUUAGGUUUAGAUGCACUUUUAUUACUUUUUUUGAACCUCUAAAAAUAAAAAAUAUACUGUGUACUGUACACGGAGGAUAAUUUUGGGAGGAAAAUAAUUCAGCUUACUCAAUUAGAAUCCAAUAUAAAGAACAGACAGUGCAAUACUAAAUCGGAAGGGGGCCAAUAAUGUGUUGCCAUAGAUAUAGAACACAAGGGGUAUUUCUAGAAGUGAAGUGUGCCAGCCUUGGUAGGAUGAGCAACGCCCAUUUGCGCCCGGCGUGUUCAAUUAUGAAUUACACUUGGAACUAGUGGUUGGAUACUCUUUGGUGAAAUCUGUGAAAAAUGGUCUUUACUCGUCCUAGCAAGGCUAGAGCACUUCACGUUGAGAAACACACAAGAUGUUGCGUUGACCACACUAGUCUAUUGGAACGAAUGGGUCUAUUUGGUCUCUGCCAUGUUUGUUUGGUGACUAACGCUGCUUGCAUUAGCAUCAGAUGGCAACAAGGUAGUUUGGACAUAAUUUGCAGAUGGUGUGAAAACACUAGGAACCCUGUCGGCAGCCCCCGAGGGUGGCCAUGCGAAAUGGCAUGUGUUCUAUAUCUAUGGUGUGUUACUAGCCAUGUAAGCAGUGCACACAUCAUCUCUGGAGUGAUUUGGAUGUUUUUAAUCAACGCCCAUCCUUAGUGAUCCCUAUGUCUAGUAAUACCGAAAAGGCACUGCUCUGAGGACGGCUGUCUCGUUUCAGUUGUAUAAGACAGUUUAAGCAUAUUAAUGAAUUACUUAAACCUCUCUUUCCUGCACCAUCGCCUACAGAUCUGAAUCUGCAAAGUAUUAACUUUACUACUGAAGAGCAGGUGUUUUGGGCUAAAGGACGGUUACAUUUUUGUGCUUCAGUAAAUGCAGUAUCUUAACUGACACUUUUUUGAACUUGUAUAAAUCUUUUGCAUAGAACAGUAAGCGUAAUAAGUUCAUACUCAAAUAUUAUUCCAAGUUAAGAAUUAAACCCGUAUAAACCACAAUCCUUGCCUUCUCUGAAACGAUCCUUUUCCACUGCUUAAAAGGUUUUGAACAGACAUGCCUGUACCUACACGUCAAUAGGAGACAUACUCAUUUUCACCUGUGGUACAUGGCUACUGUUAAUGGCAUUUCGAAUUGGCCAAAAAAAAUCCCAACUAUAUUCUCAAUUUUCAACUAUGAUGAGGCUGGCUUGUUGACAUUUGUGCUCAAAUCAAGUGAGACUAUCUAAACUGGAUUCUCUACUCUAGCUGAGUUCCCUAAAUGCAAUAGUCUUCCUGUAAAGAUGACCCCAUCUCAACUAGGGAUGCACCGAUACACAUUUUUUCACUUCCGAUCCGAUACCGAUAUCUAAAUUUGGAUAUCUGCCGAUACCGAUACUACUCCGAUCCAAUACCAACAGCUCAUCAUAUAUGCAUGAAUUUCAACUUGAGGUAGGCCCAAGAUGACUAUUUGGUCAGAAAAGGAAGUCAGAAGAACAGGAAACCAAUUCAUAAGUGAAAGUAUCAAGUAAAAAAGUAACAAUCCCAUCCUGAAAACUAAUAUGCAAGUGUUAUGACUUCAAAUUAAUAUUACACCUGGCUCAAUAUCAGUCCUUUGAAAAUUCCGAUACUUUGGGAAAAUUCCGAUCCGAUCCGAUCUCUGAAAAUAUGUUGAUAUCUGAACCCGAUACCGAUACACCGAUACCGAUAUCCCAUCCCUAAUCUCAACAUGCUUCUAGUGAUUGGCAGGAGGGGCACAGGAGGCUUGUGUAGACUGGACAGCUCUCACCCAUUGCGCCUUAAACCGUUAGGACUUGUCUAGUUUAGCUGAGUGGAUCAACUGAGACGUCCUCAUAUAAAGACUGGAGAUUCUGUGGAGACCAUUGUACUCUCUAUGAUGGAGACAGGGGCAGGGCUGUCAUGUUCUUUUGGUGUGGCCCACUUGAUGGAAGCAGAGGUUCUGAACUCAAAUCUGUUUGGUAAACAAAUAGAUUGAAAUGAAUUUCAACAGGUCAGCUAAGCUGUAUGAACACCAUGUAAUUCUCAGCAUGUUUGGCAUGAAAUAUCAUGUUUUAUGUAAUAGUUUUUAUUUACCUUUUUUUUUCAAAAUUACCUGGUUAUCUUUUUUCCAUAACCAUUGCCAUAUAUAACCCUAAAACAUCAAAAUGUAUCUAUUAAUCAAAUUGUUAAAAUAAAGAGGGUGAAAUAUGA